CGGGCAAGAUGAAAACUCCUGAAUUCUUUAGUUGCUCGUCUAAAGGAAACGUGCAGUCCGGUGUGUUUUCACGAGGAGUGUGUUGGUGGUUUGGUGCAUUCUCCGCGGUCUGAGGCCCCUUUAGCAGAAACAUAGUUCAGACGAUGAGUUGCUUUUACCAGUGCAGAGUUUUCGCAGUGAUGAUCUCAUAUCGGGAGAAUCUUAUAGUGAACUUGAAGACGUCGCAUAGAACAAUUUCAGGGGAAAUUUGCCGUAAGACCUUCUACUAAAAUCCUUAUGGAAUACAAUUCUCCGAUAUUUCGGAUACAUUAUGAAUUGAUAUCCCGUAUGUAAACCAGCAGAUGAUCUAUAGAGCACACAGCGAUUUGGAAUAUACUCGGGAAUACCCGGAGCGGAAUCUGAUGUGACGUCGAAAUCACGAAAAAGUGAUCAAUCUGUAUCAAUCGUAGUACGAGUGCUGACAUCAGUAACCACGUAGAACGUAUCCAAGGCAUGAAGAUGAAAGUCCAUCUAUAUCUUUACUCUGUGGUAGCGGUGCUGGUUUGCGUCUUGUUUGGAGGAUUAUGUCAGGACCCAACGGAUAUCAACCAUGGCUGUUAUUUCGACACUCACCAACGGGCAUUAUCAGACCUGAUAACAUGUGAGGAUGCCAGCGACGUGUGCUAUGCGUCCUGUGGAAUAGAGCAUCGGUAUUGCGAAAGUAUGGAUAUGAUGACUAUCGACCUCUGCCGGGAUCUUUGUAGGAGGAGAAACCUUCGAUAUUACGCCUUGGAGGCAGGGAAAAUGUGCUUCUGUGGGGGCGCCCUCUCGGACCCGUUUCAGUAUGGAAGUACUGAAGGCGUAGGGAACUGUUCGUCUCCCUGCACCGGAGACAGCAGCACUACCUGCGGUGGAGAGUUCAAGAUGCAAGUCUAUGAAUUCCAAGAUCCUGUUCCAGGAUCAGACUGCUUCCAUCCUGGUUUUGUCAAGAACUCCUUUAGCUCGUUCGUUGAGGCUCUGCCAGCUGGAGCAAGUGUCAGUUACCUCUGCCUGCCGUUGCACAGAAUUAUUGGUGAAGCAGAAGUCACUUGUCAAGCAGGAGGAGGCUGGCAGCCCAACAUGCUUCCAAUCUGCAACUACACGGGCAUCAUAGAAGACCCCACUACAGAGUCUGUAACGACGAUGCAAAACCCGACCACUAUUCAAACAACAACAGCAGCAAAGCCGCUUACGACCAGUACCAUGAAUGGCGAAUCCGGCAAUGAAGUCAUCGUAGCCGUGGUCAGUGUUGUGGUCACAUUGGUGGUCGUAGCGGUUGUAGCCGUCAUCAUAAUAUACUGCGCAAGGAAUCGGAUGCAGCGUCGUGACGACAGGUCAGCCCAGGAUAUACCCAUGAAUGAUGAAACUACAUACGAAGUGAGGAUAGAAGGUAUGUCGUCCACGGUCUACGAGGAUGUCGGCCUGCCAUCAUGGGCGGCUAAGUGGGAGAUUGCCUGGUCCAAUCUAGUGGUGGAGGAUCGGGUACUCGGCAGGGGAGACUUUGGGGAAGUCCGGGCUGGAGCCGUGAAAAAAGGCGGGAAAAUGACCAAGUCAGCCAUCAAGAUACUCAAAGGUAAUGCCACACCAGAGGAGAGGGCUGACUUCAUGGAGGAAUUCAGAACCAUGUCCUCUAUCGGCUAUCAUCCAAAUGUUGUCUCCCUUCUGGGGGCGUGUCACCAUCAAGAUUUAUUAUUAGUGGCACUUGAGUAUCUGCCAAAUGGUGAUCUGCGCAGCUACCUGCGCACGGCUCGCUCUCAGUCAGCCACGGAUGACGAAGCCUUGUCCCCAGACCAGCUGGUGAAGAUUGCCUUCGAUGUUGCCAAGGGAAUGAAACAUCUAGCCAUAUCAGGGGUUAUUCACCGAGAUUUAGCUGCAAGGAACGUCUUGCUUGGAGAAAACCUGACUGCCAAAGUGUCUGAUUUUGGACUUUCCCGAGGGGAGGACGUUUAUGUUCAGACUUCAAAGAAGCGUGUACCCACCCGAUGGCUCUCCAUUGAAUCUAUGAUGUAUCAAACUUACACAACGCAGAGCGAUGUAUGGUCCUUCGGAAUACUCCUGUGGGAGAUUGCGUCUUUGGGUGGCACACCCUACCCGUCCAUUGAAACUAAGUCAUUGGCGGGCAAGUUGAGGGAAAGAUACCGCAUGGCAAAGCCGAGCAACUGUGACGAGGAAAUAUACACUCUGAUGCAGCGAUGCUGGGAUAAGGAUCCGAAGAGCAGACCGACUUUCUCUGAUCUGACACUCAUCCUUAAAAGAAUGACCGACAACAAGAGAGAACACACGUACCUCGUCUUGGAUGAGGCUGAUUGGAAGAGUUCCAUCAUUCGCCCGGAGCUUGAUGAUAAUUGAGAAUUUCGUCACGGCACCUGUAUGAAAUAACUGCGGCUGUAACUACAGAAAUAUGUUGAGCGAGACAAAUAUUUCAACAGAAAAUACAGUUCUCAUUUGUUUUUGUUUUUUUUCCUUGAAAAAUACUAUUCGAAGUAGGCUUACAGCUUAAUUUAGUUUUAUGAAGGUGUACAACCUAAAUCUUUCAUACUUGUAUUUUUGAAAUAUAUAGUAGUGGGGUUCAGGAGAACACUUUACUUUUCCCGGAAAAAAGGAAACAUAAAUCUAUCAUAUUUUGAGGGCGGACCGUUUUCCAGCUCACGAUGGAAAAAAGGAACAACCUGAGCAUAAUUGCAUGAAUACAUUGAGAAUGGUGGGAGCUUAUAAUUCACAGUUAAGUUGAUCGGGUAUUUCGUUCAGGUAAUUGUAGGCCUAAAUCAAGGUACGUUCUAGCAUUUUUUUUAAAGGUAUCACUUUAUUUUUUGCUUGGAGGAAAUAAAAUGUUAAUUAGAUAGAAACAUAUUAAUAAAAUAGCCCCUCAGGCCUACUACACAGAAAUGUUCCGUUCCGUAUUUAUGCAGAUAUUUUUAUGUUGUAAUACUUUACGUUUUUGUUGUGAGUUAUAAAUUUGUUAUUGAACAUCGUAUGAAAUCCUUUAAUCGGGACAGUUCAAUCUGAAGGGCAAAACUGAAGGGCAAAACCUAAUUUGAGAAAUGUCAUGUAUCAUCUCAAGAACGCGUAAAUUGUAUAGAUUAGUUUCAUUUGUACAUCUAUACUCAGAUAGAUAUUAAUUUUAAAGGUGAUAUGAAUACCUUUGAUAUGUAUACCCUAAUUGAUGGUCGGCCCAUAUCGGUCUGUUCGCCCGUAUGCCCGUAAUACUAUUUUACGCUGAAUGUCCGUAUUUAUGCAGAUAUUUUGUUGUAAUAUUUUACGUUUUUGUUUAAGUUAUAAAUUUGUUAUUGAACAUCGUAUGAAAACCUUUAAUCGGGACGGUUCAAUCUUACCAAUUUAGAAAGGGAAAAUAGCCUUUUAUCACACGGAAAUAUCGUGUUUGGUGGUAAAACCAAUAAUUAAUGAAAAAGCUUGAAAA